AUGUCUACCAACGCCGACGCAGCAUUCGACAAGCAGGAUACCGACACCGACGACAUCCCUCAAGGUGGCGACACCGUCGACAAUUCCUACGCUACCAACGACAAGGUGGUCCCCGUGGUCAAGGAUGAAGUUCCGGUGGAACAACCCAACGAUGCGCGCAACCCUGACUCCGAUCAGGCGCUAGAGCAAGACGAGAAGGAAGCCAUCGACAAAAGCAACAUUCUCAAGGGCGGCCGUACUCGAGGCGCGACGAAGCCGGAAGGCGCCUACCAGGACCCAGAGGGUGAGGGCGGCGGCCUUCCCGCAGACGAUGGAACUUCUGCGGUGCGGUAA